GAUAAAAUGACGCUUUAAACUUCUCCAUUUAAUAAAGCAAAAAAAGCAGAAAGUUAAAACUAAAACUGAACGUUCAGGAUUGCAAUUUAAGGAGAAUGAAGUCUUUGACUUUGCUGUUCUUAGUAUUUCCAAUAAGAGUCAUUUGAAGAACCCGACAGUACAAUAAAAACUCAAAGCACGGGUGUUGCACAUUACAGCCACUAGGUGGCAAAAAUAAUUUCUCCACUUUUCUACUAGUACAGCGUUUUAAGUCGAGACAUUGCCUAGUAAAUAAUUUACCUAAUCGACAAUACUAUUUUAAAUAGUUAGGCAACAACCGAAAGUUUAUGUUUAUUCCAGAUAUUGAAAAUUUGCAAAAUGUUUACAUUGAUCGCCUUGCAUCGAUUUAGCAAAUACUGCACCGACGUUACUGGUCAACGUAAACGGCGUUCAAAUAAGAUACGUAUACCAUGUUUAAGCUAUGUUGCAUGUUAUAACUAUUGAAAAAGAACGCGCUGAUCCUUAAUUCAAUGAUAAAUAACUGCAUAUCUGUAAAUCAUCCUCAUUUCAAAUAUCGUGUACUAUCACUUUAGCUCGUUAGGUAGCAACAUUAUACAUUUUAGUUACGCAAUUAUUUGACGUGUGCAAGUGUUGUAGUCAAAAUUAUGGCUUGGGGCGAAGUAGUACUAGAAAUAAGGAUCCAAUUUGGCGCUGCUCGUGACUGCAUCCAAUCGCUCGCGCCGCGGCGCGUGGAGCAGGUGAGCGUGCGCUGAGGCCAUAGACAGAAACGCUAUGGCGAGUCACCGCGCUGUUGACAACGGCACAAAACCAUCAAGAGCCCCGCUGCCAUCUGUACUGCUACUGCAUCAGGUUCUUCAACUCAGGAAGUGAAAACACUCCAGUCUCAGAUAUAACUAGUCGCUCCGCAAUGGCGAAACAUCGGUUGCUAAGAAGAGCAUGAGCGCAGGGAAGGCUACCCCGACAGGCUCAGGAGGGGUGGGUAAAGGUGGCGGAGAUGACCCCGGGAAGUCGCCUGAGCAGGAAGAGACUCAGCCCCAAGUCCUCUGUGGGGCAGGCCACUGCAAGUGGUUCAAUGUGCGAAUGGGGUUCGGAUUUAUAUCAAUGACCAGCCGCGGGGGACGUCCCUUGGAUUCUCCACAGGAUGUCUUCGUACACCAAAGCAAACUGCACAUGGAGGGCUUCCGCAGCCUGAAGGAGGGCGAGCCCGUGGAGUUCACCUUCAAGAAGUCCUCCAAGGGCCUGGAGUCACUGCGAGUGACGGGCCCUGGGGGGGGGCCCUGUACCGGCAGCGAGCGCAGGCCCAAGGGGAAGACCAUGUUGCAGAAGCGGAAGCCAAAGGGAGACCGAUGUUACAACUGUGGGGGUCUGGAUCACCAUGCCAAGGAGUGUAACCUUCCACCUCAGCCAAAGAAGUGCCACUACUGCCAGAGCAUUACUCACAUGGUGGCUCACUGCCCCCAUAAGACGUUAGCCCCGGCACCCUCCAGCUCUCAGGGAAGACAUGACAUUGAUGUGCAGCCGUCUACCUCUGCCUUUGCUCCGCCCUCUUACCCCCCAGAAAGCAGUGACUGGCCAGGGCAUUCCUUACACGAGGCCUCUCCGCACAGCAAGUCCUCCGGCUCCCCAGAAGACCCCACCCCCCGGGUCCAGAAGCGGAAAAAAACCUGACCCCGGUCACCACCCUGCUGCUUCUCUCGUGUCCGUCAGCCCGCUGGUAUCUGCCCCCACUUCACCUCCACCUUCUCCUGUCCCUCAGCUACCUCAAACUUCAGAACAGCAGCUACAUCUCAACUCAACUACUGUCUUAGAGACUGAGAUUAUCUGGAGGAAUCUGGGCAUUAACAUCUCUGCAAAACCUCCAUUGCAGGAAGAGGAGACAGUCCACUUGCAGAAUUGUAGUCGUUUCUUUUAUUUGGUCUGAGUAUCUUUUACGUACCUUGUUGGGAAGCUAACCAUGGUUUUGUCUGUCCGUGGGCUCGUUACAUUUUAAAUCCUUCUCACACUUCAAUUCUUACCGUUGUUUUUCCUGCGAAACUUUUUUCUUUAAAAAAAAAAAGAAAGAUUGCUUCAGGCGUUCCUUCUUCAUGUAAUUUCUCAGAGACUCUGCUGUAGUUUGCCUGUACCUGCAGUGUAACAAUGGGGCAGAGCGUUCCUCUUCUGUCUUCAGUCAGACAUGGCCCUAUUGCGAUCGACUCUCUCACAGCAAUACUACAAAUCUUCAAGUAGGCCAAGGCGCCCAUUCACCACCAUGUCCCACCCUACAGGCUGUGAAUACAAGCUGGAAAGUUGUUUUGUUAAAAUUGGUCAAAGUGUUUUUUUUGGGUUUUUUUUGGGGGGGGGGGAUCUGAUACACCAGAUGCCCACGUCAGUAUGCUUUUUGAACGAUGUCUGGGUAGGUUUGACCAAGAGUGACGAGUCCAGUCCUGUUGCAGAUACAAACGCAGCCAGCGAAGGGUUAAAAUGCCGCUGUGUUCUUGCCCCACCCACUCACCUGCUCCCGGCCCCUCUCUCUGUUUGUUUGAUGUAUCUUGUCUUCUCACUUCGAGAACAAUGUGUGUGCAUGGCUUAAGACAAGACAUUGUGUGGUAAAGAAGUAGUUAGAACUGCAAAUAGAAAAAUCUUUCUCAGUGUUCGCAUUAAGUAAGAAAAUGAGUGAUUGGCCAUUUAGUAAAUCCAUGCUGCAGUUGUAAAGAAUUAAUUUAAUUCCUGAGUAUAUUAAUAUAUCUUUGUUACCUUUUUGACACAUAUCAAAGGUACUAAUGUAGUAGAUUUUUCCUGAGGCUGCACCGUAUCUUGUGCAGUGGUUGAAUUAUUAUGAACUGAGCAUAGCUUGAAGUGUCACUAAUUCCUAUUUACCUUUCCCACACAAAUCUCCUGUUUUUUUUGUUGUUUUUACCUCCAUUGCACCUGUUGACACGCACACCACAACGAUUACUGCUGCUUGUGUUUACAGAAGAUGGGAUAUUUGACUCAAGGAUGUGGGUUUUUGUGUGUCUGCACCUGGACACUCGAAAAGGUCGCCUUGAAAGCUUUCCAAGGACAAAAGAACUCUGCUCUGACGAUAUUGAAUGUGAAACUUGCAUAAUGAAAAUGCAUCCUCACAAUACCAGAGGAAGGGCCACUUUUUAUGUGUGUUGACAAAUCAAAAGACAUUUCCUUAAAUGAUGUGAUUCAGAAGACAGCUUGUUUGGUAUAAGACUUGCAGUUAGUUUAUCAAAUCCUAUACCAAAGUUUCUUGGCUUUAUUGUAGGAAUUAAUAUGGCCAGUACAACAACGGUGUUCCCUGUGACUUCAAAGGCAGAAGGUUCAAUAGUAAGAUUUUGUUUCCUAAUGCAGCUAUUUUGUGUGUUUUCUAUCCAAUCUUCAAAUAUGUACAAAUCUGAUAAACUACAGCACAAACCAAACCCGAUCCCUCACUGUCGUUUAGACCUUUUUGUAUAAAGUAUUUUUUACCCAUGAUGCAUCUCAGGAUGAAGAACUGUUCUCAGGGAAUAUACCAAAAAAAAGUGUACUUUUUCCUUUUGGGAAUUGUCUACAGAUGCGUAUGUACUCGGAAAAGCAUUCACAAGUUUAGUGUUUAUCUGCAUAUUUUAAUGUACUGUUAUUAGUAACUACCUCUGAGUUCUAGAUAGUUUUACAUUUCUGAUAAUCAAAUGACUUGUAUGUUAUUAUUAUUAUUUUAUUAUUAUUAUUUUCUGUUAAGAUUAACUGUAGAGUUGGAUUGUGCUGAACCUAUGUGCCAAUGUUGAAGCCCUGAUUUCUGUGGUGUCUACACAGGCCUAGAGUUAAUAUGACAAAUAGCUUAUUUUCUGUUUACAGCAUAGCCUACCUCAUUACUGCCCUGCGUGGCCCUCGUCUCCCAAGGCCCACUGGGGCAAAGUCAGGCUCCGUCGCUCACCUUCGCAAACAGUGGCUCCGCACCACCGGAGACCCUGUAUCUGCAUUCCACAGAUGUCCAUCUAUAUGAUGCCUGUGACAGGCGGCAUCAGGACCAAAGGGCAGCUGUGGGGUUGUUCUGAGGGCCACUGUCAACAGGGCUUUUAGCAUAUUCAGCAGAAAGAGAAAGAACAGUAAUUCCAAGCCAUACUAAUUGUCCGACUGCCGCAAACCUGGUGUUUUUAAGCCUAGUAGUCACCCUGUGUAGUUCUCAAAUCGGUGGGGGUGGACUGAGGGAGCCUGCUGGAUAACACUGUUAUAGAUCUGUUAAACAGAUGGAUGUGGUGGCCAGAGGUGGAACGUUCAGGUUCCAAAGAUCAGACCCAGACGAAGAUUUUGUUUCAAUCAAUCAGUUGAGUUCUCUGUGACUGUGACUCUUUAUAUUCAGCGAGCUGGUUUAAAGAAAAUCUUGGUCUGGAUUCGUACUUUCUGACCCAGACCUUUCCGCUUCUGGUGGUGCCACAUAGAUAAGAGCACAGUUGUAUUGUCCCAGAGCACAAGCUGUAGAUUGAAGGUAAAUGCGUUCUGUUCCCGCAGUUCUAGCGGGUCAAGGCAAGCUUCUUUAUUGCUGUUACGGCAUACAGUUGGAGUUGGCCUUGCAAGUCCCAGACUUAACAUAGUGUAGCACAGCUGGGAAUUUUGCUGCAGAAAUGCCUGAUAUCCCCCGCCCAUCUUUCUGUAGCUCCCUGGCCGCUUAGAACUGUUUGGUCGCAGUGCUCACUGUAGGUGGGAGUGCCUUAAAAGGGGGAAUGUUAGGACUAUUGCAAAUAAUUUUGAACAUAGUCCGAUUGGCAUGGGUAGGGGGCACAAUGUGAUAUGCUUUCAUGGUGCCCAAAAUCUGUAGUGGCACCACUGACUAUAGAUACUGCAGUUUGAUUAUGCAUCGCACAAAUAGAACAUUCAGAGAGACAAAUAAGGCCUGUUAUUCCCCUUGGGAAUAACGACGAUAACUUUUAAAUAGCGAUUUAGUUGGAGGCAAAGAUACCAAAAGUGCAAAUGAUUCUGGCUUUAAUACAUGUAGUUCUGUUGUAAAUGGAUCCCUUAUAUAUUUCAGAAGUCUUUAACCAAAAUCCUUGAUGUUAAUGUAAAGGAUUUUAAAAGGAGUUUAAAGAACUGGAGUCCCCUUCAGUCAGUGUAAAUAUCCUGGUUCAGUCGGCUCUGCCUGUGUGACCUUGGUCUACACCUGUCCCUGUAGCUAGCUUUAAAAGAAACUCGGCCUCAUAUGGAAUAUACGUUUCUGCGUUUGGAGAUGACUGAAAGCUUGGUAUUUACCCUCAAACUGGUCGCCCACUUGCUUUUUGCUUCUGAUUCUCCUUUGGGUGAAUUGCCUCAAAAUAGUGCUUCUCCCACCAUGCAGUAAUAAAGCUGAGUAACCCUGACACAGCUGUUCAUAGUACUGUGUCAUAGGUUUGUGGCAAAAACAACACAAUAAGCAGUGGACACUCUAACCUGUCUGCAAAGAUUCAGGCUGCUUGGUUUACAGCAGAAUCCACGUUUCAAAGAGAUUUAGUGGGCGUGUGCCUUUAUGUGGCAUUGGUAGAAAGUAUUUUCUAUUGUAAUUAUUAAAGCUCAUAUAUAAAUAUAUAUAUAUAGAUAUCAUUUCUGAAUUGUUUUUCUUUUGUUCUGUGGAAAUGAAAACCAACCACUUUUUUAUUAACCAAUUAACAGCAAUAUAUUAUACACAACAAACACCUCCAUCUCACUUGUUUACAUGAAAUAACGAACAAGAAAUGUAAUGCUUUCCAGUGAAGUAUAUUGAUAAUAUUUUUAUUUACUUUUCAGAUUAAUAUAACUACUGAUUCUAUUUUUUUUUCUUCUGAUUAAUUUGAGGGGCUCAGGAACACAUACUAUAGGUGAAUGAAUGUAAAAGGCAGGAAGAUCGCCAGAGCUACCUCAUGAUUAAAUGUUUAUUUUUUUAUUUUUUUGAGAAACAAACUGCUUGAAUCCCUGUGAUGACAGUCGGAGGCAGGCUCAGUGCACUUCCUGUGGUGGAAACACCAUGACAUAGUUGACAUCUCUGCCCACUAAAUCUCACUCACCCUGAUACUCUCUGGCGAUGGCAAAGGGUUGCUUGAACAUUACCGUUUGGGAGGAGAUAGGGCAGAGAGUUGGUCCAUGCUGUUUUGUCUUUAUGUCAAUGUAAAGCACUGAAUGAUGAUGUUAUUUUUGUUGUUUUCAUUGUUGUUGUUUGCAUAUCACAUUUUAUAACAUCUUUUUAAUUAUUUUGUUUUUGUGAAUCAAGAAUUUAAGAGGUUUUAA